CAGUUUGUUUAGAAGCGAACUUGAGCAGUACUGACAGUUCUAAGGUUUAGUUUCUGUAAAUAAGAAAUUUUCGUCAUGAAAUAUGACAACCGAAGUCGGUAUUACUUUAUGUUUGAAAAAGGCUCGUGUUCGUAAACCGCGCAGAGAAGAAAAAAGAAUCAACAUUCAGAAGCUCCCUCAAGUGAUUAAGAAUUCAAAGCCGAUUAUAAGACCUGAAAAUGAUCGCUUCACACACACAGCAAAGACUAAGCCUAUUGCAUAUAAGGACCAUACUGGAGCUAUCCUGCCCAGAGAUGAGGGCAGUAAAAUGCAGAUUAAAGAGAUUAAGCAAGUUAAUGCGCCUUAUAAAUCACAAUACGGACAGAAAUCCAAGAAGACUGCAGCUCCAGUUCCAAAAGCAAAUAUAGCAAGAAAACCUGUCAAGGAUAUUACGGAGCUGAAGCGUUUGGAUGCGCUGUUUCGCAAGAAAAAUACAUAUUUUUAUUCAGAAAAAGUAACGUAUCUUAAAGAACAGGCGAAUUUUAUGAAACUGUACAAUAGCCUUGUUGAUCUGCAUAAGAGAGUACUGAAUUUGACAGGGAUUGAUUUAGGACCAGUGGAAGAAGUUAAAGUGAUUAAUUGUAACACUAAGAGUACUCCUAUAACUUAUCGACAGUCACAACCUAAUUACAGAGAUCAAGAUAAAGAAGAAUAUGAAUCCGACUUAAUUGAGGGUCUAAACUCUGACGAGCUUGAGAAUACGAGCCUGUCCCAGGAACUGCAGCCCUUCGCUGCAGAACUGGAUGAUGGUCAGGACGAGGGCAGCAAGAAUAAAUAUUACAAGGUUUCAAAGAAAGUUCGACAGUCAUCGAACAUUUCGGAGCGCAGGUUAUCUAGACCCAAACAUGAAAUUACCCAUCUCCAGCCUCAGAUUAAAGUGACAGAAGGACGACCAACAACGAAAAAAUAUUCAAGUCCCCACAAGGCAAAGGAUCAGAUCAAGAUCUACAGAGAUGCAAAGGAAGAAUGGAGGAUGAUUAGGGACACUCGUACAUCGUGGGUGCCUGAUAUUAUGGAAGAAAGCUCAGGGGUGGCAACUGUGGAUUGUCAGAGAAAAUUAGAUUUUGACAUUCAGAAGCCAAAAGGUGAACAGGUCUCAAGCCGAUCACAGAAUGCUCUGCAUAACAGGCAAGAUAGGGGUAACAGAGAUCUGGAUGACAUACGUGGCAUCCUUAAGGAAGUCUUAGCGCAACUCACAGAGCUUCGGCAAGAAGGACGAGACAGAGCAGAAAAUUUAUAUAACGUCGUUAAGCUGGUCCAGACGCAAGUCGCUGAGGUACAGCAACAGGUGGUUGAUUUGCAGGCAUCGCUAAUUUCAAAUUACAGACCAAAAAAAGAGAUGGAAUUCACACGGACGAGAGAAAAUCGACAGGAGAUGAAGAACAGAGCAUUUCAAAUUGUGGCGCGAAACUUACUAGAAGAGCAGCAGAGAGAGAGAGACAAGAUUACGAAGGCUACACUAAAAGUGAAAGAAUCUAAAACAACUGUUGAUGGAAAAAAGAGUUAUUUAAGUAAAAUGAAUAUUAAGAACCUAUUUAAAAGUAACACGACAAAUGCCAGACGCCGUUAGGCAGAUUGAAAAUCGACGGAUGAUAAAUAUUGAGCGUGACCUCCGUUCAACCAGGGCUGACGCGGACACUUACAAGACCACCGAACAAUUGAACCUCCGGAAUGUCGCGGUGUAUAGUCGGUGGAAGUUUAUACUGACAUCUCAAAGGAGCUUACUGCCUUCAUCAUCAGAGUGAUAAGUAAGCUGUGAAUGAAAAAUUUGGUUCAGAUAUAGGCACAGUUUUGAGCAGGUCAAACCUGUCCUCAGGACCAGCACGGAGAGACUUAAUAUUACGGACGAACUCUGCUGAUUUCUUCCGUCGUGCUCAGAGGGCGUCCGAGGAUAUCGUCCGUACCAUCAAAUCUCUUUUUGAAGGAGUCGAGGUUUUCACGGUGGUAAGUCUGAAGAUGGCUGUCGUCUGGGUCGUUGCCCCUGUGUGCGAUCUGGUACAAGUUUACUGACAUUUAAGAGUUCCUCGCUGCCUCCGUCAUCAGGACAUGAAUGAUAAACUUUACCGUACUCCCCGGCACGGCAACCCGGAAGGUGGCCGUCGUCAAAUCUCUGUUUGCUGGUCCUGAGAACAUCCUUUACAGUUCUGAUUUUGUUUUGGUGUUUGCCGGGGGUGCCAGGUGGAGAAGCCCCCCUGAGCCGCGUCACUUUUAUAAGGACAUCCUGAGACUCUCCUACAUCUUGUCAUAACUCGCCCCCCCCCCGCCCCCCUUAAUCACAACCACUUUAUGGCCCUGAUGAUGGAAACAGUAUGUAUCUGUGAAACGUCAGUGAUCUUGGGCAUCUGAGAAUCCAGUCAUCUAACCCAGUGGUUCGAAACGUUUUCUUACUCACAGACCAGUAAAGAUAAGUGGGGGUUUCUGAGGACUACGCCCCACUCUACUCUGUAUUUUGCAGUAAAAAUAAUUGUCAAAAGAUCUAAUUAUUAAUAAUUUGUCUGACUGUGUAGAAGGAGAAUAAAAAACAUAUAAAUAUAA